CUUUCACAAAAAUUAGGUAACACUUCUCAUAAAAAAUAAACCGGCCUUAGAAAAUAAAAUAAAAUAAAAUAAGAAAACCAUCCGGAUCUCAAGCAAAUUCUUGUAACUGGAAUUGGGGAAGACAAUUUGACAGUUUAACCAUGUGGUGGACAGAGCUGAAAUCAGCUUUGGGGCAGAGGUUUAACGUCCAGGGAGUCGCUUCUUCUCUUGAGGUUUUUACAAAAGACAAGGACUUGAUCGUCCCGCACAUCUCCGUCCCUGAUCUGAGGUAUAUUGAUUGGGAUGAGCUGAAGAGAAGGGGCUUCGAAGGGGUAGUGUUCGAUAAGGACAACACAAUCACCGCUCCUUACUCUUUGGGGAUGUGGGCGCCUCUCGAGUCAUCCAUCCGCCACUGCAAAUCUGUCUUCGGCAGCAACGUCGCCAUUUUCAGCAAUUCCGCAGGGUUACAUGAAUAUGAUCCGGACGGUAGAAUUUCCAUGCUUCUUGAGCGCACUAUUGGGAUUAAAGUAAUCAGGCACAAAGUCAAGAAACCAGCCGGAACAGCUGAAGAAAUUGAACAACAGUUCACUUGUGAACCAUCAAAACUUAUAAUGGUUGGUGAUCGACCCUUUACAGACAUAUUGUACGGAAACAGAAAUGGCUUUCUUACGAUUUUGACAGAGCCAUUAAGUCUUAGUCAGGAGCCAUUCAUAGUACAACAGGUGAGGGUAAUAGAAAGGGUCCUUCUAAAACGUUGGUCUGCAAAUGGGGUGAAACAAAAAGCUCACAAACUUCUUCCUAAUAGCACGCUGAUUGUGAAAGACAAGCCUUUAUAAGAUGAAGAAGUGUCUCCAUGACGAACGACUCGAUAAUUUGUAAUGCGCGGCUAACAUCUUCAUUCUUUGGGGAUAUUUAUGGAAGAGAGCUGCAAUGUGUGCUUCUCUGACCCAUCAUCAAUCUUUUAGCUUUAUCUGUGUUGAUAUGGUCUUCGUUUAAGAAAAAUGCCACAUGUUCUAUAUAUGUCUAUGUACACUGACAAUGGGACAAUUUGUUCAAAAAAUGGUCUCUGUCAUCCAGAUUUUGGACAAAUUAUCUCUAUGCACAAAGUCUAUGGAGCAUUACACUGUACGUGUACAUAAAGCAUAUAUUAUUAAUAUACGUAGUACAUAGUACUACGUAUCUUUUAGUGAUAUGGUUGAAGUUGGUGCAUGUAAAUUAGGUAAAGUUAAAACAUGCGGUAUAUGUGAUUUGUAAGUUAUCACUGCCAUUUUGUUUUGCAAAAUAGCAGCUCACCCGUUCAAGUGCAAUUUGGGAAAAGCUUGUAUAUUCACUCUUUGGGAAAGGAAUAGGGGUGAAAGGGGUUGUGAUUUUCGCCAUCCCAAACACCCUAUUCGCUCCCCAAUCCUCC